CCUUUUCGGUGUUGGUGCGGUUCAUUGUCCAUUUGAAUGUGCGAGCAUCCAAUGGAGAAGGAGAACCCCUUCGAUCCUGAUUUGGUCCACGAAAUUUUCAAGCUUGUUUGGAAAAGAAAAGCUGCAGAGCGUGGGAAAAAUGAAAUAUCUGAGAAUAUGGACAACGAGGUUGGGGCUAGCUCAUCAAAGAGAAGUCGGCCUACAUUUGCUAAUGCAAAUGCACUGAAGCUGAGCUCUGAACUUCUCCGAGUCUUCGUAGCAGAAGCUAUACAACGUGCUGCUACUAUUGCUGAAGCGGAGGGCAGUAUCAAAAUUGAAGCAACUCAUCUAGAAAGGAUACUUCCUCAGUUACUUUUAGAUUUUUAAGGUACUUGAGGAGAUCUGGAAUCAUAAAGUUUUAUCUCUACAAGAAUGCAGAAAUAGUCAGGCGUUACAAAGUGAUUACCAAGAUAAGCAAUCAUGUUAUCGGGGUCUGCUGCGUGCAAGAUGCACAAGUUUUGCUUUUGCACACCUAUCGGGAAAAAAAGAUGCACAAAUUUUGCACAGGUUUUCGCCGGACGUUCUGAAUAAGUUCGGAUGGUGUUACUGUAUUAGUGGUUAUAAUCCUAUUUCCUCUUCGAAUGAUUUUGAAUGCCUGUUGUAUGAUAUGUAAGGAACCAAACAUUGAUUUGCUUAUUGUUCGUGUUUAAAAUCUUCCAUGAUCUAGGGGUA